UGCGUGUAAGUUGCGCUGUCUUUUUUCGAUUUUAAUUAUUCAGAGUGCUUUCUCUCUCUCUCUGUCUUCCCGAUUUAAUAGAAAGAAUAACAAACAAACGAUUUACUCCCUCUCAACCCGACCAACUCAAUACAGAGACUCCUCCCCUAUUUCUUGCACAAAACCUGUUUAAACAGUGCGUAAAAAGAUUUUGAAGUGAGCCUAUCUUUAUUUGAAUUUGGAGUAGAGCAAAUAGAACAGCUACUGGAAGAGCACUAAGUUUGGACAUAGCCCGCGAUGAAGAAAGCCUUUGAUCAAACUGUUAGAGAUCUUAAGAGAGGAGUUAAUAAGAAAGUUCUUAAAGUUCCUGGCAUUGAACAGAAGGUUCUUGAUGCUACUAGCAACGAGCCCUGGGGUCCUCAUGGAACACUUCUUGCAGAUAUUGCACAGGCUACCAGGAACUAUCAUGAAUACCAGAUGAUCAUGGCAGUAAUUUGGAAGAGGAUUAAUGACACUGGAAAGAAUUGGCGGCAUGUGUACAAGGGUUUAACAGUUUUGGAAUAUCUAGUUGCCCAUGGGUCAGAGCGUGUGAUAGAUGAUAUCAGAGAACAUGCAUAUCAAAUAUCAACGUUGUCCAAUUUUCGAUAUAUUGAUUCCAGUGGAAGGGAUCAAGGUAACAAUGUCAGAAGGAAGUCUCAGAGCCUUGUGGCCCUAGUAAAUGAUAAGGAGAGGAUAUUAGAAGUUAGACAGAAGGCUGCCGCUAACAGGGACAAAUUUCGCAGCCCAUCGACAGGUGGAAUGUAUCAGCCAGGAGGAUAUGAUGACAAAUAUGAUUAUGAUCGUUAUGAAGGCUGCUAUGGAAGCAGGGAUGAUGACAAUGGUUAUGGAAGAGAGAGAGAUUAUGGGUAUAAAAAUGAUGAUCGGUAUAGCAGAAAUGGAGACUCUUAUGGUCGUGAUGGUGAUCGUUAUGGCAGAGAUUAUGAAGAUCGCUAUGGCAGAGAUGGGUACAGGGAUGAUGACUACCGUGGAAGUAAUAGUGUUGACCGUUACCAAGAUGGGUCAACUAGGAGCUCUGAUACAAACCACGUUGACGAUGGUCAAUCAUCAAAUCGGCAACUUGAGCGGAAUUUUUCUGAACAAAAUAUUGGUGUUCCUCCUAGUUAUGAAGAAGCCUUUAGUGAAUCUCGAAGUCCUGCUCGCAGUGAUAGGGAUGGAGAAAAUUCAGCGGCAUCUUUUCCUAAAGCUUCUUCUCCAACUGCUCCUGCAAGUUCUUCUCAACCUGCUGCUUCUGGGGGAUUACCUCCACCUGUUCAUCCAGCAGGUUCUUCUCCAACUGCUGCUCCUUCAACUUUUUCUCCACCUGCAGGCCCUAGUCCAACCCAAGGAACUAACUCAUUCAACAAUUCUACAUCUGGGAACGAGGAAGUUUUGGCUUCUGAUGAAUUUGAUCCACGUAAUUCAUUUUCAGCUGUCCCUACUGUUUCAAGCACUCCUGCCCCUACGACAGCCAAUAGUGCUGAAUUGGACUUGCUUGGCUCUCUGUCAGACUCGUUUUCUUCAAAUGCAUUGGCCAUUAUGCCAGCCAUGCCUGCAAAUGCCAGUACUGAAGCUGAUGCACAAGCUAAUACUGGUUCAUUACCCACAUUCACUGCAACACAAUCACCAUCUAAUAUGAUGAAUCAGUCAUUUGAUGAUCCAUUUGGGGAUGCACCUUUUAGAGCUAUCCCUUCUGCAGAUUCUAUAACAGUUCAGCAACCAAUUUCAGCAUCAACAGCUUCUUUCCAUCCAAGUCAAAAUGCCCAAUCACCCCAGCCAGCUGCCCCCAGCAUGGAAUCGGUUCCCAACUUUGGGGACUCAUUAUACGGCAUUACAUACUCAUCAACAAGUGACUCCAAUAGUCAGCCUCCCUCAGUAAACUCACAGUUUUUGCCUCAAGAACUAUCGCAGCCAGAGACUGACAUUCUGGCAGACAUCCUUCCUCCAUCAGGACCUUCACCAUCUGUAGCAUCACAGGUAGCCUUUUCAGCUCCAGCUGGCCAGCCUGCACCAACCCCUAAUAUUUAUGGGAGCCAGCCUACACAGUCUACUGCUAAUAUGUAUGGAAACCAGCCUGCACAGCCAACUGCUAAUAUGUAUGGGAACCAGCCUGCACAGCCAACUGCUAAUAUGUAUGGGAACCACCCUUCACAGCCAGCUGCUAGUAUGUAUGGGAGUCAAUCUGCACAGCCAACCACUAGUACUUAUGGGGGCUUUCAUCAACAGCCAGGAUCUGUGACUCCACAUCAAGGAUUGACAGGUCAUGUAGCUCCAAACAUAGCCCCUCAAUCCCCAUCUGGUUCAGUUGAACAGCUUAUCAGUGGGGCCUUCACACCGCAGGGCACCUCUACUACCCCUGUUGCUUCAUACAUGGCUCCUCAAACUCUAGCUGGACCAGCUGCACAGUUUAACAGUGGAAACUUUCUACCACAUCAGAGUUCUGUAGUUCUUUCUACUCCACAAAGCCCUCAACAAACCCCACCUAAUCCACCUGCACAGCAGAACAGUAAUUCACUGAGUAACCCUCUUCCUCAAGCAGGACAAAGCCCUAUGAUGGCUUCACAACCAUCUCUUUCAUCUUCGUCAGGUGCGCUUGCUUUGGUACCUCAAUCUCAACCAUCUAAGGAAAAGUUUGAGCUGAAGUCAGCAGUUUGGGCUGACACUCUUAGCAGAGGGCUAAUUGAUUUGAAUAUAUCUGGAUCUAAGACAAAUCCUACAGCGGACAUUGGAAUUGAUUUUGAUGCCAUCAAUCGAAAGGAAAAGAGGAUGGAAAAGAAAACUCCACAAACUCAGGUAACAUCUAAUGUUACUAUGGGUAAAGCUAUGGGAUCUGGUUCUGGGUUAGGUCGUACUGGAGCUAGUGCUAUACGGCCUCCAUCAAAUCCUAUGUUGGGUUCUGGCAUGGGAAUGGGCAUGGGCCCUGGUAUGGGUAUGGGCAUGGGCAUGGGUGGCCAGAGCAUGGGAAUGGGCAUGGGUGGUGGCCAGGGUAUUGGCAUGGGCAUGGGCGGUGGCCAUUUUGGCAUGGGUAUGGGUAUGGGUAUGGGUAUGAGCCGUGGCCAGGGUAUGGGCAUGGGCAUGGGUGGUGGUUCAGGAAUGGGCAUAGGAAGCUAUGGAGGCAUGAACCAACCAAUGGGGAUGGGGAUGGGAAUGAACAAUGGCAUGAAUAUGGGUGUUGGGAUGAAUAUGGGAAUAGGGCAAGGAGUUCAGAUGCAGCCACAAACUGGGAUGCCUCCUGGCACAACUAUGCCAGGUGGUUAUAGGCCCAUGACAGGUACAAGUGGUUAUACUCAACAACCAUACGGGGGUGGCUACUGAUGAGACAAAAGCUACCUCCCUACAAAGAAGCAGGAAGGGCGGUAGAUACAUGUUACAUUAUGAGGUAAAAAUGUUUGGCAUGGCAAAUCUAGUUUUAUCAUCAUUCAAUUGAGUACGAUAAACUUCAUGUUACAUAUAUAUGGUAUUGAGAGCUGUAAUUUCUUUACCAACAGUUGUCAUUUUCUGAGGUGUGGCCCAAUGUUUUUUUUGUCAUUGAUCACAUUAUGCCUUAGUCAUUUAGGGCCACGUUAGGUGUUUCGGUAAAGUUGCUUUCAUCAACUGUUGUGAAGUUGUGUACUAGUGAGGAAAACCUGUUGUGGUAGAUUGUUUCAUUUCUUACAUUAUAUUCUUUGUGAUUUUGAAAAAAACAUCUACCAUACGUGUUAGUGAACACAGAACAAUAAAUUUCAUAAUUCAUUUUUGUACUUA